GUCAAUUUUCUUGUGCAUUUUUCUUUAAAUCUGCACUAACUGCAUUAUGUAUUUUAUAAGUUUCCAUAAAAAUGUACUUAUUUUGUGUACGGAAAAGGUUAUAAAGUGAUUUGAAUUGUAGUCCCAAAAGCAUUUUUACCCUUUAAUGGACAAUUCACAAUAAUAACGUAAACUUUACUUGAUCUGUGUGUUGUGCUACUUUACAAAUAACUGUAAAAACGGCCAGAGUUAUUCGUCGAAGCUAAAUAUAUUUGUAAAUAAACAUCUAUUUAUAAAUUCAUUUUGGGUUAUAAAUGAAAAUAAAAUUUAUUUUCAUCGAUGAGAUAAGACAAUAGGUGAAAAUAUAAUAUUACGGAUUGCUACUAUCAAAAGAAUGCAAUGUACGCUCCGGAUCAUCAAAGAAGGAAAGAAGUUAAGGAUGUUAUGUAUCGCAGUAAUUCUAGCCUUGACUUGAUAUACGCUGAACAUCCAUCAGGAAAUGGUCUUCGACGUGAAUACGGGAGCCACGGUUCCAUUGAUGUGAUCGGCGGUGCAAACGAACGGUUGCCCACUAUGGUGCACAACUACAGUGGUGUAUCCAGUGGAGAGAAGCCGUCGAGUCUAACUCGCGUCACGGACCGUUUCUCAGAGAUCUUAACUAGUGAUCAUGCUGAUGGCCCAACGCCGCGCGCGAGUGUAAGUCCUAAGCCUCGACUUAAACUUAACAAACUAUGGGGCGGAAAUGCACCCCUUAUAUCUCGCCAUUCCAAUGACGAUAGCUCUAUUUCCAAUAUUGCUGAGGUUAACAAAAGAAAACAAUUUGCACAUUAUGACUGCCAAUCUCUUAUGGCAAAUUUGAGUUAUGCAGCGGAAAUACGCGGCGCUUUGUUGAGUCGACGGAGAAAUACAACAACUGGAGCAUCAGCGGCAUCCCUCUUGGCCACCCGUGGUUUGCCUCCUGGUGAAGACACUGUACCAGACACUGGAGAUGGCCGUUCCAAUGAGUUACUUGAAAGCUGUCCAUUCUUCAGGAAUGAACUAGGAGGGGAAGAAGAGAGGUGUGUAUCAUUAUGCCAUCGCACUGCUCGGGGCGGAAUUCCCGGUCAAUAUGGUGGAUGGCAUCGACCUCGAGCCGCAUACGGAUUUUCAGUGCUAGAGUUUCCUCCAGGCCACACGCAUUGGCGACACGGUUGUCCAUUUGCAAAGUCCGUAUCCCCUCUACCCGUCGAAAGUCAAGAUCUUGGUGCACUGUACUAUAGGAACUAUUUCUACACUCAACCUCAUCAGAACUGGUUUGGUAUGGAUGAAAAUCUUGGUCCUAUUGCUAUUUCUAUCAAAAAGGAAAGAGUUGAAUUACGUCGGGGAGGAGGCGAUGCGUCCGCACCUGCAUCCCAGCUUGCUUGGCAAUAUAGACUCAUUAUUAGAACAUCUGAGUUAUUAACCUUGCGAGGAUCUGUCUUGGAAGAUGCUUUACCUAUUCUGAAACCCAGUAAUAACAGUGCCACUUAUAAUACGAAAGAAGUUUUAGAUUAUGUCGCCCCUGAAAUGCAGCUUAAUUGUUUGAGACUCGGUGUUACAAAUACCGCUACAGAAGAACAAUUGUUACGAUUAGAUGAACAACGUGUUACCAGACAUUAUAAAGUUGGUGUUAUGUACUGCAAAAGUGGUCAAUCCACAGAGGAAGAAAUGUAUAACAAUCAAGAAGCUGGUCCGGCUUUUGUAGAAUUUCUUCAAAUGCUUGGACAAACUGUGAGAUUAAAGGAUUUCGACAAGUAUAAAGCUGGUUUGGAUAAUCGCACCGACUCUACCGGGCUGUAUUCUGUUUAUACGACGUAUCAAGGGUGCGAAAUAAUGUUUCAUGUGUCGACAAUGCUUCCAUAUACACCAAAUAACCGGCAGCAGUUAUUGAGGAAGCGGCACAUAGGCAACGAUAUAGUUACUAUUGUCUUCCAAGAGCCGGGCGCGGCACCGUUCACACCGCGCAAUAUACGAUCUCAAUUCCAACACGUUUUUGUUGUUGUUAGAGUAAUUGAUCCAUGUUCUGAGAACACGCAUUAUAGUAUAGCCGUGAGUCGGGCUAAAGAAGUGCCUUUGUUUGGACCGCCGAUUAAAGAUGGCGCUGUUUACCCGAAGGGUGAAGCGUUUACUGAUUUGUUACUUAGUAAGAUAAUAAAUGGUGAAAAUGCAGCAAUACAGUCACCUAAGUUUAGUACAAUGGCAACACGGACGCGACAAGAGUACCUGAAAGAUUUAGCUAAGAAUUACGUCACUGCCACAACGGUGGAAACGGGUCAAAAAUUUUCAAUAUUUUCAUCACUAUUAAUGAAGAGUAGCAAUAAUUCAAGCAGUAACAAUGCAUUAAUCCAAAAACUAGAAGACUGUACCAAUGAUGUACUGGUUGGUGGUGCUCUAUGUUUUCAUGUACAAGUACAAGAUGAAGGAUCGGGUGGCACGUUGCUUGAAUGCAUAAUGGGCGUGUCGGCUGAUACGAUAGUCUUUGUCGAAGAACAUUCGAGACAGAUUGUUUUAGCAGUGCCAACUAAUACUUUGCUGGGUUGGAUAGUGACGGGCGAAUGGACGCGUAUAUACUACCACCGCGGGGAAAGCGUGCGCGUACGCAACGGCACGGAUGUGUUGUUGCGGCGACUCGCCAGUGUAGCGCCCGCGCACGCACACGCGCUCUCUGAGAUCACGCUUGAGAGGGGUGCGUCGUCGCAACUUGGUUUCCACGUGCAACCGGAUGGGUUAGUAACAGCGGUAGAAGGCGGUGGGCCAGCGGCGCGUGCUGGGGUGAGGCGUGGGGCUCGUCUGCUCGAAGUGUGCCGCGCUGCUGUCGUCGCCCUACCGCACGAUCACCUGGUGGACCUGCUGAAGACGUCCGAUCCUGUUACCGUGACGCUAACGUUCGCAACGAGCGGUCGGUGCGAGUGCCAGACGUACGCGGGCGAGGCGUGGGCGCAGCAGCCGGGCCGCCGCCGGGCUGCCUCCCCGCCACGCUCCGAUACAUCGGGUUAUGGCACUGGUGGUUCAGGUCGCAGUGCAGCGUCGCCCGGCGGCGAGGCGGUGCGUCGUCGCUCGCAAGACGACUCGCCGAGACAUUCGCGUCGUCCACGGGCGUCUGCUAACACGUCAUCACUUACCGAAGAACUAAUGCGUCUGAUGGACGCCGAGUUGGGCGAGUCGAAAUCGAACAGUGCGAGUGCGUCCGCGGCACAAAGUCGUACGAGUAGUGCUGCGGGGGGGAAUCCCCUACCCUUGCCCGAUGCGUCUGCGCUUGAUUGGGCAGCUCUAGUACACACCGCCACUAGAGCCAUGUUACAGAUUUGUGAAGAGCAUCAAUACCCAUCCUUGGACAGCUCAGAAUCACCUCUAGAGCCACUGCCGAACGAUUCAACGCGGGAGUGGAACGAAAGACCUUCGAACGAGCGUGUAACACCCUUGGCAGCUACCAGCAGUACAACCAAACCAACGGUCGAAGCGAGUACAUGUGGUUGCGGGCUCGCAGAACGAGUGGCAGCGCUUGAAGCGGACGCUGUGUGCGCGCAACGACAUCACCACCAGCUGGAGGAGGAGGUCAAACGUCUCCGACGUCACAACGCUCGCUUGCGCGAAGAAUCGGCGCGUGCAGUAUGGCAACUGCGGCACUUUACACAAUGGCUUAAACGAACAGUCGAUAAACAAUAAUAGCCUUAACAACAUAUACACAUAACGGGUAAUUAUUACCAGUAGAAUAAAAUUAAGAAAAUACUCCGUUUUGCCAGUUACAUAUACGUCAUACAAUUUUAACAGCUAUUUACAUAGUUUUCGCAGUUUAUUGCACACUUUUGUUUACAUUUUUAUGUAGAUGUUUUGAUAAAUUAUGACAAUGUGCCCGAUUCUGAUACUACUAAGUUGUGAUAUACAUGUAUCUGUGAUGUUAUGCUUAUUAUGUAUUGCUUAUUUGCUUGUGAUUGACAACAAUAAGGAAAUCACGCUAUGUGUGAUAAAUGUAAUUUAAUUUGUAUUUAAUAUAUAUUAUGCCUUUAAUGUGCCCUUUUUACAGCUUUUCUGGAUUUAUCUAUUUAAGUAGAUAGUUUUCAAAUGAUUCGUAUAAUACAACGAAAGUUUUGUCAAUUAUUUGUUGUCAGAAUCGGGGCCAUUAUCCUUAUCAAUUGAACAGGUUAUGUCAGCUUAUAUUGUAUGUAUUAAUAAGAAUAUUUCAUUGGCAACGAUACAUGGAAGCACAACGUUCCGUCCAUACUUUGAAUUAUUAUUUUAGGAUAUAUGGAAAGACGACUUGGUUUUCUCCAUAAAUAUGUCAAUUUGUAUUUUAGCGUUCCACAAUUGUUCGUCACAUGAAUUAUUAUUUCGUCUAAAUUGAUUACUAUAAUUAUUCGUAAUAUACAAUAAGUUCCUAUGAAUAACAAUUUUCAAUUCGGCAGGUUCUAUUAUCAUAUUAUAAUUAUAAUUUAAAAUAUUACAAUGCAUUGCUAAUCUAUUAGAACUAUACUUACAUUUAACAAUAAUUAAGAUCAAUCUAUAGUGCAAUUUAAAUUAGCAUUUACUCUAUAAUGUAGUCAUUUGGCAGCACCAAUAUACACAUAUUACAUAAUACAUCAAAUGGUUAAUACAAAACACAUGUAAGCAUAUGAAGUUAAAAAUAAUGUUCCAUAAAUUAAACUUAAUAUUUAACGUUCAAUCACUGCAGAUUCGUGUAAUUCACAGACUUACUAUAAUAGUAUAAUUAUUAUAAUUUAAUUGCUUUUUGCACCUAAUUGUUAUCCAACGUUGCCUUCAUAAAAGUAAGUUGAUUUAAUCUGUAAAGCGAAAAUGAGUGAUACAUGGUAUUUCCAAAGAAUAAUUUCUUAUGAAAAGACGAAUAACGGAUAUUCGCGCUGUAUCUUAUGAAUUUUGUGCCUUUCUUCGGCUUCUGGCGAAGCGAUUGUGUUGGCGUACUUUAAGUAACAUUUUAUGAUAGUAUUGUAGGUAUAAAGUUUGUUAUUGCCUAAUUAUUGUAAACAUUAUAUUAUUCUAAUGAUUAUAGUUGCUGUUUUUGUUUCAUUACGUAUUCAUGAUGUUAAAUAAAUGAAGUUAAUUAGCGCGUGUUAUAACUGUGGUUAUAUACAUUAUUAUUAUUAGAUAUAAGAUAGUAUAACGUGUUACGACUUUAAUGUCAUGUUCUAUAGAAACGAUUUAUUUGGCGAAGUUCGACAAUUUAUUAUGCACUCUCUAAUACACAACUAAUAAAAUAUAAUAUAAACAGACUGACGCACACAAUUAUUCACUUUCCUAUUUUAAGUUUACUUUAUUUAAGUUUAAUGUCGAAAGAUAACGUACAGGAAACAUCAAUAAGUACACGAGGGCCUUUGUCAUUUUAUUACAAAAAUAUUAAAAAGUCCCAAUUAUUUAUUUAAUUCACGUAGAUGAGUAAUCAAAUUAUUUGCGACUUAUUCAAGUUAUAAUUCCGAUCCACGAUUUAUUUUUAAUGAGCGUACAUGCAAACUUAUACUUUAUAAUUAUUUUUUUUUUUCAAUCAGCAUUUUUAUUGAUUAUUAAUUUGUAUAUAAAGGAAUCUCAAGCUUAGAUUUUAUAGAAAAACGAGAGCUUUAUUAGUUUAAGCCACAUGAACAAUGAAUUCUUAAGUAGUGAAUAUGUUAUUAUAUUUAUUUUUAAUUAUUUUAAUCAAUCCGCCGUAUUACGUAUUUAUUUUUGUCGAAUUAUCGAACGAAUUGCUGUAUUUAACAGUGUUAGUUAAGUUGUAGUAAGUUUUCGUUUAUGAGACAUUUUGUCUACAAUAUUUUUAUAAAGUUUGUUCGCUAAUUGUUAAACAUUAUUACCAAAUAGACCUGUUUAUGUUUUGAAAUAAUAGAAAAUCUUAAUUAAUUUCGUACUUUAACAAAUUGAUUACCAUUAUACUUAGAUUCAAAAAUUGGCCAUAACGUAUUUCUUUUCUGUAUUUAAAAAAUUAACAUUUAUUGUUUUUGUUUUCUUAAACGUGUGUCAUUUACAGAUUUUAAAUAAAUAAAUGUUUAAAAAUACAUUAUAACUGUAAAGAGACAUCUCGAAACUGAUUCCAAGAGUUGUGUAUAAACCCUUCGUUUAGAGGAAAUAAUUUUAAUAAUCAGUUAAUACUGAACAUAAUGAAGUUAUAAAGGCAAUAUAAUAUGUUUUUUUUUUCCAAAUUAAAAACAAACCAGAAAAAAAAGAAACACCGGGUCAUUGAUCAUUGACAUUUAUAUUAAAUUCAUUUCAAUUUUGUAAUGUUAGGACCGUCAGCAAAGCUAACUAGUUGUAAGCAGUAUUUCAAUAAAAGCACUUAAUAUGCUAUGUUAAGUAGAUACUUAGAUUUUGAAUAAUGAGACAUCGUGUUAAAUGUAGGCUUGUGUUUGCGAAAUUAGUUAUAAAUUGACAAACAACGAAACUUUAUAUUCAGUGUCGCCUAUACUUAUAGAAAUUGUGAAACUUAACAUUGUUAUCGUAAAUUGUAACUAUUUGUAUUUUGAUUGUAUAUCCCACCUGUCACAAAGCUGACCACAUUAACAAAUUGUAAAAUAUGAUUUAUGUACGCAUAUUGUCGUAUUAUUAAUUGAUUAAUUACCAAAGUGUAGUUUACCGCCAUAAUUUUUGAGGAUUUUCUUUAUAUUUAUCACACUCUCGGCAGUUUUCAUUUUAAUGUUACUGCAAGGUAUCCUUAGAUAAGUAUUUUGUACAUUUAUUUUAGGACAUUCCAGUUUAAUAAAGUAUAUACCAAA